AUGCUUCGUACCACUUUCGUUACGCUCCGUAACAUAGUAACCCUCAUAGCAGCGUCCUACAUCAUCUUUGCAACACCACUCGGUUUUGCAGAUCAACGGCUGUCGCCGAUCUGGUCACUUGAAUUUAGUCCUGAUGGGAAAACGCUUGCUGUUGGGAAAUAUCAGUGGGUUGAACUCUGGGAUCUGGAGACACAAAGUAUUAUUCACACAUACGAACCUCACGCUGGUGAGGUCCGGAGUCUCAAGUUCGCAGCUACGAGUAAUCAGGAACCGUCGUCAUUGCGGCUCUAUGCAGGUGGUGGCAUUCCCGCCCAAAACGGCGAAAUACGAAUUUGGGAUGUCGCAUCCGAAGAACUGAUAAAUAGUUUUGAGAUUCACGGCGAUACCAUUGAAUCUAUUGCCCUCAGUCCAAGUAACACAACACUGCUCACUGCCAGCAUGGAUGAAUUCAGUGCUGUCAUUGAUGUAACACUGCUUGAGGAUACCGAAGAUCCAAUAGACAAGCAAGCAAAAUGGCUUACCCAACACGUCGGGAGAGUCCUUUGCACCUUGUACCACCCUCAAGGAACUUACUUUGUCACCGGUAGUGAAGAUAAAACCAUAAAAGUAUGGAACCCUAACACUUUCAACGUCAUGGUGAACUUUGAUGCCAACGAUGACGCUGUUUAUAGUCUUGCCUAUUCAGUUGAUGAGGGUGUGAUAGUUUCCGGCUCUGCCGAUAAUGCUGUCCGGACAUGGCGCGUUACACCAGCAGGAGAUGGCGAGGAAAUUGCUGUCGGACGAGAUUCACUGGAGAUGACAGAGAUGACAGGGGCUCUCGUUCGUGAAUACAAUGGGCAUCAAGGUGCUGUUUAUAGUGUUGAUGCUGCACUCGUAUUACCAAGACGCGCGAACAAUCAGGCGGCAAUGAUUGCCUCCGGUAGUGCAGACACUUCCGUGAUUAUAUGGAAUCUCCGGUCGGGCAACCGUUAUAGCACUUUCGAUGAAUCGACCGAUGCUGUUUACGCAGUGAAGUUCAGCCCGAAUGCGGGAGGACAACCUGGCACGACUGUUGAGGUUGCCAUCCAAGGUUCUGAUUUAGACGGGGCACACCGAGUUAUUGUUGAAGGUGAAUCUGGGAUUACCGCGCAACUUCACCCGGCUGGUGGUGAAAUUGAUGAUACCCAUAAACCUGUCUUUGAGGCGAAUUGUGGGCAGUGCCACGAACUCCGCUCUCCGAGUAACCGAUCGAUGACUCCAGCGCAGUGGAAAGCCACUGUUCAACGGAUGAUUACGGAGAAGGGCGCAGAGAUUAGCGCGGAGGCACAGACACAAAUCGUUGCCUAUCUCUCAUCAGCUGCAAGAGCCAGUGCUGGGUUAACCGCCGAAUUAUCUAUUGCACCAGAUGCCCCCAUCGGGCUUCGCGAAAUUCGGAUUGUCGGCAAGCACGGCACUUCCACCGCAUGGCCCUUUGAGGUUAGCCACACCGGUGAUAUCAUUGAGACCGAGUCGAAUAAUGACCCAGGAUCUGCUACUACUAUUGAACUACCAAGCCUUAUCAAUGGGGUUGUGAAUCCCGGUGGUGACGAAGAUUAUUACGUAUUUGAAGGGACCAAAGGACAACGUUGUGUGUUUAGUGUCAAGGCGUACCGCCUUAACAACAUCAGCCAGCAAUUCUUCAAUCCAACGAUCUCUGUUUUUGAUGCGAAAGGCGUUGAACUCGCACGCAGUAACGGGUUCUACAGCCUUGAUCCGCUCAUUGAUAUAACGCUUCCUGACGACGGUCCCUAUCUCCUGCGCAUUCGAGAUCUAUUGCAUCGUGGUAAUCCAGAUUCCGUUUACCGACUAACAGGGGGUGUUCUCCCUUACAAUACCUAUCUUUUCCCUGCUGGUGGAACGGUGCCUGAUGGAAGAACGAACCGUACGCACCUAACAGAAGAGACAGGUGCUCUUUCAUACGGACCUCCGUCCCCUCCAAAAACCAACAUUAUUCAGUGUGUUAUUGGCGGUGAAAAUCUACCCGAAACAGAGUGGCAGGUCAAGUUGAUGGCGGAUGAUCAACCCGGUAUCAAGCAGAUUCGUACACCGUACGGCAUCUUUCCGUUCGUCAUCAACACGCACCCUGAAGAUAUUGAAAAAGAUGUUGAACGUCAGUCUACUUCUGACGAACCCACUACACAGGAUAUCGCGACACAAUUCACCGAAUCCGAAAUCCUUUUUGAAACAAAGUGUAGCGCGUGCCAUGAACUGCGUUCACCGAGCAACCGCGCACUCUCGGCUGAAGAAUGGACAAGCACCAUUACACGCAUGGCGAAUAAAGAGAAUGCAGACAUUACACCCACUGAACGCGACCGUAUCAUCGCUUUCGUCGCCCAAGAAGCACAACGUUUAGGUGAACUCAUCGCACGCCAGUUGGAACAUGCACAACACCUCACAACCCCUGGCGCAAUCAGUGGACGUAUCUCAGAACCCAGUGAGACAGAUUACUAUCGCUUUACUAUUUCAGAAGGCACAAGCCUCGGCCCAUGGUGGGUAAUUUUCCCGUUUGAUAACGUUGAUGAAAAGGGGUUUGAUACCGUCUAUCCCCCUGAAACUGAGAUUGAUUUCGAUAAGGAGUACAUCGGCAAAGAGGGUCGAAAAAUUGGGUGGUAUAAAACCAAUCGCAGGGGUGAGAACGUCUUCUCGAAUGUCCCCGAAGACGAUGUUACUGGCUAUGCCUUGACCUACCUUGAAUCUGACCGUGAUCAGAAUUAUCUCUUGUCCCUCGGUUCUGACGAUACCAUCAAGAUAUGGGUGAACGACAAGCUUGUUUUCAGUAAAUACGUUCACCGUCCACUUCGGCGUGCUGACGAUGUCAUUCAGCUGCCUGUCUCUAAAGGCAGAAACAAGAUUCUUGUGAAGGUUACGAAUGGCUAUGGACCGUGGGGGUUUUUCGCAGACAUAGGCGGGUAUUCGCUCACUGUCUCCGCAGAACGCCUGAGUUCGCCGUUAAGCCCAUCUCUCACCUUACUUGAUGCAAGUGGGCAGGUGUUAGCAAAUAAUGCUGGCAUUGGCGGCAGACGCAACGCCAUUAUUGAUUACAGUUUCAAUCAACCCGGUGAGUAUGCUGUUCGGGUUGAGGACAUUGCUGGAAACGGCGGCGCAGGAUACGUUUAUCACUUAGAUGUCCGUCCAACAAAACCUGAUUUUGCCAUCUCCGUAACACCUGAUAAUCCCAAUAUCGGACGUGGUGGGACUGUCUUGUUGGGUGUGACGCUGCAACGCCGCGUUGGAUUUACAGAACCGAUAUUGCUCUCCGUUGAAAACUUGCCACCCGGUGUCACUGCCAGUGAGAGCGCAAUUCUUUCAGGGACUGGCGUAACGCAGGGAUACAUUACACUCACCGCCGCGCCCGAUGCUGAACUUGAACCUCGUGUCGUUCAGGUUGUCGGUUCCGUCACUACCGCUGCCGGUAAUGAAUAUCGUCGCGCCGCAACGCCUGUUGAGGUCUAUCGGAUUCAGAACAACGAUCAGACUGUCCAGCGCAAAAACGUUGUCGUCAGCGUUACGGAGACCGCACCUAUUAUGUUGUCAACCGGAUUAGAGGAGGUUGUGGUAACCCCAGGUUCACCGAUUGACAUUAUAGUCAAGGUUGAUCGGCAAAACGGCAAUCGGCAAAAUCUGAAUCUUACCGCUGUUGGUUUGCCCUUCGGGGUCCGGCUCCGGCGGCAAAACACCCUACUCCGAGGGAAUCAAACAGAGGGGAGCUUGACGCUUGUGCCAAACAUUGUUUCGACUGGUAGCAAUGAGUUGCGUCGUAACCCCUUCAUCGGUACACAGCAGACACAUCCAUACACCGUUGUCAUCAACGCGUCAGUCGGCCAACGGAUCGUCGCGAGCAGUGCUGCCAUCAAACUCUGGCUCGGAAGCCGUCCGGAUACAACUCAAGAGGAACCACUCGGCGGAAAUUAA